AUGGCUCGGCGAAAAUCUAGCUCGACAAAACCAUCAGCAGGUCCAAUCUCAGAGAGAUCGCCACGGGGGAUCUCAGAGGCAGCAGGAGGCGGGUCGGAAAAUGUCGAUGUUGGCGUGCGACGUCGUCUCAGUGGCAGAGGUCCACCGCCCGGGUUGCCGAAUGUUCCUGCAACCACGAGUGGACCGGUAUUAGCCCUUCCUUCUGCUUCCUCGUGGCAGAGCGAUGAUUCGACGGCUGAAAAUCUCAUGACAAUGGCCACGGGUGCUGCUCCCUUGACUUCGUCAGACUUGGUCGAGCGGGACUUCCGAGGAAAAUUCGUGGAGACGCAAAAGAAGCUAACUAGUUCGACGAACCUAGCGGCGUUGGGUCGUAUGAAAAAGACAGGCAGUGUUGUUCGGUUUGCUGACGAGAUUCCUCAGGAUUGGCGCAAAGGGAAAGAAAAAGCAACUCUGGCUGACGACAGCAUGGGUCCUUCACGAUUAAGAUCCAGCUUUGCGAGUAGCGCGCUCACCGAUGAAGAGAACUCUUCUGACGAUGAUAACGUGCGACUGCCCCGCACAAAGAGCCAACUCAGCUUGUUGAUCAAGCAGAAACGAGACGAGACAGGAAGUCAGGACCUCGGGCCUGAAGCGAAGGCUCAGGGAAGAGGCGGCCAAGAUGAGGGCAAGAACAAUGACGAGGGCAAGGGCAAGGGCAAGGGUAAGGGCAAGGAAAACACCAAGUCCAAGGAGGAAGAACUCUUGUCGAUGGGGCGAAGAGGUGGAGUGACAAAGGCUGGCGGAGUUCAAGUGCCGAAACCGCAGAGAUUAAGCGAGCAUGAUGAUCCUGGACAUAUCUCAUCCUCCAGUCCCGAACCACUGUUCUGA